AUGCUGAUAACUCGACCGAACUCGAUCGAGCUGGAACAAAACCCUGAACCAGAACUCGAUCGAGCUGAAGAAACCGAGACACUGCAAGACAAACCAGAGCUCGAUCGAGCUGAGAAGAGAGCAGACAAAGCAAACUCCAGCCAACCAGCUAAACCUGUUGCAAAGAAGAAAGACACUCCAGCAGGACCACCACCAUACAACCCCCUCUACCCUUUCCAGGAAGCGGAAGGUCAUCUCCGACAAAAAGGAAGAUCCGGGGAGUUUCACUUUGCCCUGCAUGUUGGGACCCCUAUCUUUCAAAAACAGUCUCUGCGAUCUAGGAUCAUCUGUCAGCCUCAUGCCUUUGUCGUAGCAAAGAGACUGGGAUAUCACAAGUACCAAGCCUGCGGAAUCUCACUAGUCUUGGCAGAUAGAUCGAUAAGGUUACCAACUGGGAUGCUUGAAGACCUGCCUUUGAGGAUAGGGAAUGUGGAGAUCCCCACAGACUUCAUUGUGCUUGAGAUGGAUGAGGAACCAACAGAUCCAUUGAUUCUAGGAAGGCCAUUCCUAGCUACAGCAAGAGCAAUGAUAGAUGUCUGUGAAGGAACAAUUGAGCUAAACUUGGGAAAGGACCUAAGGAUGAAUUGGCAGAUGAGCUUCAGAAGAGUUAUCAACAGAGGAUCCCUACAAGUUGCUUUGACCAAGGAUUCUUCAGAAGGAUAUGCCAGUUUGCGAAGUCAUGGCAGUGAGCUCGAUCAAGAACUCGAUCGAGUCGAGCCUCGAACAAACGAACUCGAUCGAGCUGGGGCUGAAUGCAAGGAGCAAGCUCAAGGAGAUUGGUCUGAGCUCAAGGCGCCUAAAGUCGACCUCAAACCUUUGCCUGAGGGCCUCAGGUAUGCAUUUCUGGGUGAAAACUCAACUUACCCUGUCAUUGUGAACUCUGAUUUGGAACCUGAACAGUUGAGUGCUUUGCUUGUUGAAUUGAGGAAGUACAGAAAGGCAAUAGGUUACACUCUAGAUGAUAUCAAGGGGAUCUCCCCUGACCUAUGCAUCCAUAGGAUUCAUCUAGAGGAUGAAAGUAAGUCAAGCAUUGAACCUCAGAGAAGGUUGAACCCCAAUCUAAAGGAAGUAGUGAAGAAAGAGAUACUCAAGUUGCUUGAUGCUGGGAUAAUCUAUCCCAUCAGUGAUAGCACUUGGAUAUCUCCAGUUCAUUGCGUCCCAAAGAAAGGGGGGAUCACUGUCAUUAAAAACGACAAAGAGGAGCUGAUUCCCACUAGAACAAUAGUGGGGCAUCGCAUGUAUGUUAGAAAGAUUGGCAAACCACCCUUUUAUUGUUUUCUUGAUGGCUACAGUGGUUUCUUCCAAAUCCCGAUCCACCCUAAUGAUCAGGAGAAGACCACUUUCACAUGCCCUUAUGGCACCUUUGCUUAUCGAAGGAUGCCAUUUGGGCUGUGCAAUGCUCCAGCUACUUUCCAGAGGUGCAUGACCUCCAUUUUUUCAGAUCUGAUAGAGGAGAUGGUAGAAGUCUUCAUGGACGAUUUCUCAGUCUAUGGAGCAUCCUUCUCCUCAUGUUUGUCUAACUUGUGCAGGGUGUUGCAGAGGUGUGAGGAGACCAAUCUAGUACUCAACUGGGAGAAGUGCCACUUCAUGGUUCGAGAAGGGAUUGUGCUUGGACACAAGAUUUCCGAGAAAGGGAUCGAGCUCGAUCGAGCUAAGGUGGAUGUCAUGUUGCAGCUCCCUGUUCCCAAGACUGUGAAGGACAUAAGGAGUUUUCUGGGUCACGCAGGGUUCUACAGAAGAUUCAUCAAGGAUUUCUCAAAGAUAGCAAGACCCUUGACAAGGCUUCUAUGCAAGGAGACAGAUUUUGAGUUUGAUGAAGAAUGCCACAAGUCUUGGACCUUGCUGAAGGAUGCUCUGGUAUCUGCGCCAAUAGUACAAGCUCCAAACUGGGAUCACCCAUUUGAGAUUAUGUGUGAUGCAUCUGACUAUGCAGUAGGAGCAGUGCUUGGCCAAAAGAUAGACAAGAAACUCAAUGUCAUCUACUAUGCAAGCAAGACUAUGGAUGAUGCUCAGUGCAAGUAUGCAACCACAGAGAAGGACUCCUUGCCAUAG